AUGUCUGCGGAUUCCGUGGAUCAAGUCUUUGAGAAAGCCAUCUCUACUAUACAUACCCUAUCUUCGCUAAAGGGAUAUAAUUCCUUGCCCAGACCUCCAGCUAAUAUAAGAACAGAACUCUAUGCAUUAUUCAAACAGUCAACAGAAGGGGACGUUGAUGGCGUGCUUCCGAGGCCAACAAGUGAUUUGAGCUCACCAGAGUAUACAGUGGCCCUUAAAAAAUGGGACGCUUGGAAAACCAAAGCAGGCAUGAGUAAAACCGAUGCAAAGAAACAAUACAUUCAAAUGUUGAUUUCGACCAUGAAGUCCUACGCAAUGGGCACCUUGGCGGCCCGGGAGCUGCUUGCAGAUUUAGAGUUUCUCUGGUCUCAGUUAGCUUAUCGUAGAGAUUCCGACGCGGACGAAAACAGUGGUAUGAUCUUAGCUCUGCAGGACGAGCUACAGGAUACUAAAUCCCUACGUUUGCGGAGGGAGAUUUACGAAACGUUAUUUGCACUUAACGAAAACAAAUCGGGCUUUUCUCUUUAUCAGCAAGCAGGGCAUAAUAAAAAGCCCAAAGAAGCUCCAGAGCCGAGAAUAUCCCGACUACGAAAAAUAGUGCGGUACCUUACAUACUUUCUGGUUCGCCAAAUUUGGAAUUUGGCUAAAAAGCUUGUAUAUCACGGGGCGAUUAUAAUUGCGAUAGUGCUUACUGCGAAACGCCUUGGUUUUGCUUCGCCCUUAAAACUUGAUUUUACUUCACCCGCAAAGAAACAUAGCGAACCUAGCAAAAGUCUGUGUGCUAGAUCAAUGGCCCUUGUUUGCGAUGGAUUCAGCCUGAUUUUCAAGUACAUGAAUCGUCAUUUGAACAUUGGUCUUAAUCAAAUUUACAUAAGUGUAACAUAA